AUGUCCGAAUCGAAUGCCAAAUUUUCGAGUGGUGAUGAGAAUGCAACUGAAUCGGCCGAUGAAUCGCAGCAGCAACAGCAUCCGAGGCCAAUCAUGGAACAGUUCGUGAAACCAACACCAUGCGGCCCCAAUGAACAUCCACUUGAAUUCACGUACGUUUUUUCGUAUUUCGUACGACCACAAGGUAAAUUUGAUCCGGAAGACUACGCUUCAUACGUACAACCGGUGGCUUCAUUCAAAUCGGUGGAACAGUUCUGGAAUACAUAUUGCUUCCUGAAACGUCCAGCAGGUGUAAUGAUAAAAGAAAUUGACUUUUUAGGCGUUAAAAAUAUUACGGAGAAGGUGGAUUUUCACAUGUUUAAAGAAGGUAUAAAACCGGUUUGGGAGGAUGAUGCAAAUCAGAAAGGCGGCAAAUGGAUAUUGCGCUUGAAGAAAGGCCUGUCGUCAAGAGUUUGGGAAAAUUUAUUAUUGGCAAUGAUCGGUGAGCAGUUUCUUGUCGGUGAAGAAAUUUGUGGUGCUGUUUGCUCAAUACGUAAUCAGGUAAUUGUCUUCUGA